AUGAGCGGAGACCUGGGAGCGGAGCGGCGUGGGGGGAGGCGAGCGCGAGCUCGUGGCAGCUCAGCUGCUACCGCGGACAGCUCAGGUGGGAAAAGGUCUUGUUUGCAGCCUCCCCACGAGGUGUUUUGGUUUUUGCUUCAGAGGCUGAAGGCAGCCGUCCACUACACCGUGGGCUGUCUUUGCGAGGAGGUUGCCUCGGACAAGGAGGUGCAGCUCAGCAGACAGACCAUCGCAGCGAUUUCGGAGGUGACCUUCCGGCAGUGCGAAAGUUUUGCCAAAGACCUUGAAAUGUUUGCAAGGCUCUUGCCGAGGGAGCGCAUCACCUCCUUGAGGGGAAGUGGGAUGUUAGGAGACAUCUGCCCAAGCUCUUUGCUACAUGCGAAAAGAAGCACAAUUAACACGGAAGAUGUGAAGCUCUUAGCCAGGAGGAGUAAUUCACUGCUAAAAUACAUCACAGAGAAAAGUGAAGAGUUUAAUGUAGAACGAAAAACAAAGAAGAAAAAGAAACUAGAGGAUGAAAGCAAAGAUUCAUUGGAGCCAGCAGAGGCUGGAGGAGUGGGAAGUGAGAAUUAAACUCUGUUACCACUUGGACAAAGCAGCCCUCAGCAGGGAGAGCCACCGAAAACGCAUAUUGCCACAAAGGGAACUUUGAAGGGAGAAGAGAUUAAACAAAAACAAAAAGAGAGGCGAGGGGGCCUUUUGUGCUGUAUUCUCCAAGCCAGUGACCGCAAACUUUAAAAGAGAAUGGGAAACGCAAGCAGAGUGCUCCCAUCCCGGGUCUCACUGCAGCACAUGGAAAAGGUUCGUAUCUCAAUGGUGUAUAUUGGAAGUUGUAUCUGUUGCAAUUAAUAAAAUUGUGUCGGCAGUUAAA